AUGAGGUGUUCAGCCGAUAGGAAGAUGGGUGCCAGGUACAAGGACCAGUUCCUCAAGACACAGGUACCCACCCCAGCACCCGGCCAGAUGCCGAUCUAUCCAUUUCAUGGGAUAUAUGGCGGUCUCCUGCGUGCGCGUGUCCGUGUGUGUGUGUGUGUGUCAGCUGUGCCCCUGGUACAAGCAGGGGCGGUGCAACAGACCCCUCACAUGCCGGUAAGGACUGCAGAUGACCCUGGAUGGAAUCAUGGACGCGUCAGCAUCAUGACGGGUGUCGUUGCGUUCGUUGGGUUCCGUUGGUUUGGUCAGGUUUGCGCAUGACGAGUCGGAGCUGCGGGCGCCUCCUGACCUGUCGAGGACGGCCUUCUGCCCUAGACUCAUGAAGGUCCGCUCAGAUGCGCUGAGGGAGGGGAGACACCGGACAGAUCAGUGCACAUGGGUGCGGGCUGGUUGUGCGGAUGGUUGAGAGACACGAGUUGAUGAUGUGGUGUGGUGUGGUGUGGUGUGUUGUGUGUUAGGUUGGUUGGUGUGACGAGCCCACGUGCCCCUACGCGCAUAGCCAGAAGGAGCUGCGGGCGACCAAGUGAGCUGAUUCCCUCCCUCCUUGCAGAGGGGAAUGGAAUGCACACACACCGUGCCGCUCACCGCUUCCCGCUUCGUGUGUGUGGUUGUGUUGUUUGUUUGUUGUUGCGUUCAGGCAUUUCCUGAAGACGUCGAUGUGUCAGAUGUGGUUGAGUGGUAGCUGUCCCUCGGGCAUCCGCUGCAGAUUCGCUCACGGAGCUGAGGAACUCAGGAAAAAGUACGCUAGCUCCACCACACACCACCAUACCCCACCCGCACACAUCCCUCUCUGGUCUGUGUGUGUGUGUGUGUGUGUGUGUGUGGUGCAGCAGUAGUCCGAGCAACGACGUGUCCCCGAAGCACCGCGAGGUGCCUUUGAAGGACCCGGAGGGUUCCAGCAACAACCUGCUGGCGAUCCAGCAGAACCUGCAGUCGCUCAACGUUAACAGCCUGGCGAGCCUCAUGAACCUCAACCUCUCCCUCAGCAACUGCAUCCCCCCGCCGCAGCACAAUCCACACACCAUGACCACCCAGCAGCAGGCACAGGCCGCCCUCAUGACCAACCAGCUCUACCAGCAGCAGCUACAGCAGUACGCCAAGCUCAUGCUGCAGAACGCCGCCGUCGCCAACAACACCCUCAGCCAGCUGCAGGCUGGCACCUACACCAAUCCCAACACCAGCCAGGCCCAGGCACAGGCGGCCGCACUCACCGCAGCGGCAGCGGCAUACCAGGCCAACCCAGGCCUGCUGCUCAACGGGCAGCCCAACGCCACUCCCAACCCGCCGGUCAUCAUCAACGGGCAGCCCAACGGGAAUGCACCUCUGCUUCUGAGCGGCCAGACCACCAUCCCCGGCCUGCAGAACUACGUGCCACAGUACCCCCUCCCCGGCCCCGAGCAGCUGGCAGCCGCCCUGUCGCAGCAGCAGGGCGCGCACCAAGGCACCAGCCCAUCGGAGGCGGCCAAGGGCGGCCAGACGCCGCACAAGUCGCCCCUGGUGCCGUUCUUCGCCGGCGUGGGUGGGCAGCAGGUGCCUGAGGGUGCGGGGAUGUUCCAGCUGCCGGACCUGACGCAGAGCUGGAUGGGGGCCCACCAGGGGCAGACCAUACUGCAGAACGCCCUCGAGGCCUCAUUCAAGUCGCAGCACUCGACCUACGCCGCCACCAACGGCGUGGUCCCGCAGCAGGAGGGUACCCCCACGGCCAACGGCUACGUGCCCUCGUACCACACGGGCUACCCCGCACAGCAUAGCGGGUACGGGAUGCCCCCCCAGCACACCAGCUGGAGCGCACACCAGGGCUCUACCGUCACACCCAUGUCGGGCGGCGGGUGGACCAACGGCACCACCACCGACCGGUCCUACUCGGACGGCACCAACAAGGGCGGCGAGGACGGGACGGACACCAACAACGGAUCGCCGUCGCGCACCUCGACGGUGCAGUACCCCGCCCACCCCCCCAACGGGCCGGGAGGGGGCGUGCCGCACUCGGUGUCCGGGCACAUCUCCACCUCCCCAUCGUCCGAGGGCUCGCCCAUCAACCGCGGUGGCCUGACGUUCAACAGCGUGUUGCUGCCCGAGAUCUUCCCGGCCAACAAGAGCUUCCCCACCUUCCUGGGCGGUGUGGGCGGGCACGCCAAGAGCGGCAGCGACGACACCACGGUCGACGGUGCCACCCCCAACGGGACCCCGGUUGGGGAGGGCACGGAGGAGACCAGCGCCGAGACGCCCGAGCACGACGAGGACCACGAGCGGCACUUCAAGCACUUCGACGCCAUCGGGCAGGAACUCGUUAAGGGCAUCGACGCCCAGAACUAA